AUGGACGACCACUUAUAUCGUGAAAAAGUGUUUCUAUCGAAGGCUGAAUUGAAACGAGCUUUGAGCAUGUUGGCACUAAAAGAGCAUUUUGAGUUUAGAGUUAAAAAGUCAUGUCACGCUCGUUAUGAGGUUGGUUGUAAAGAUAAGGCAUGCAAGUUUACUUUGCGUGCAACGAAGUUGCUUGAGGGAGAAUAUUGGCAAGUUCGAAUGUUGCAUAAGGUACACACGUGUACUGUUGAUGGUUUGCAAUGUAGGUACCGAGCUAUGAGCGUAAGGGUAAUUGGUGAGCUUAUCUUCAGCAGGGUGCAAGGAAAUUGUGUAACCCCAUUGAGACCAAAGGAAAUAAUAGAAGAGAUGAAUCGCAAGUGGGGAUUGCAAUGCCUAUAUGGUAAAGCUUGGCAAGCGAAGGAGUACACGGAGAGUUUUGUGUUCGGUCUGCCGGAAAAGUCAUUCCAACUUCUCCCCUCUUAUUUCCAUAUGUUGGAACUUGAAAAUCCUGUCGCUAUCGAUGCCACACAUCUGAAAGACAGAUUCAAGAGUAUUCUGUUUGUGGCGAUAUGCAAAAAUGCGAAUAAGCAUAUAUAUCCACUUGCAUUUGGCAUUGGCCACGUCGAAGAUGAAGAGUCUUGGUCGUGGUUUCUUAAGCGUCGUGCGAUUGGUUGUCUUGAAAAUGCAAUGUUCAUUUCUGAUCAGCAUCUUGGCAUUAAGAAUGCAGUUGAGAAAGUGUACAAGGAUGCUCGUCACAGUCUAUGCAAUUACCACUUAGGGAAAAACGUUAAAAACAGGUUCAAGCGCGAAGAUGUUGCAGCGAUUUUCACAAUGGCCGCCAACUGCUAUAAGAUCGUCGAUUUUGACAGAUAUAUGAAUCAACUGAAACAGCUUUGCAAACCUGCUUAUGACAGCCUUAUGAGAUUAGGCCCUGAGAGAUGGGCACGUGCACGGUCACCAGUAAGGCGAUACAAGCUAAUGACAUCCAACACUGCGAAGUGUAUUAACUCCUACUUGAGGCAUGCAAGAAAAAUGUCAAUAACGCCUUUGAAUUCUGCUCGGACUAUUACAAGACUCGGUCUUGGGCAGAGGGAUAUGCGGUUCUCAUUUGCCCGGUUGGGCAUACCAAUGAGUGGGAUAUCCCUGAUGAUGUGCAACAAAUUGUCCUUUUGCCACCAAGUUGGUGAGGUCAAGCAAGAAAACCUAGGAGGAAAAGGAUUCCAUCAGUUGGGAAAGGCAGCGGAUGACGUAGAUGUUCAUAAUGCAAAAGCUAUGGUCAUAAUAGACAAAAUUAUUGGACUUCGUUUGCAUCUCUACUGA